AUGACAAUCCCUCCAAGACCACCCCUCCAAGACCACCCCUCCAAGACCUCCCCUCCAAGACCUCCCCUCCAAGACUCCCCUCCAAGACCACCCCUCCAAGACCUCCCCUCCAAGACCACCCCUCCAAGACCUCCCCCUCCAAGACCUCCCCUCCAAGACCUCCCCUCCAAGACCUCCCCUCCAAGACCACCCCUCCAAGACCUCCCUCCAAGACCUCCCCUCCAAGACCUCCCUUCCAAGACCACCCCUCCAAGACCUCCCUUCCAAGACCACCCCUCCAAGACCAUCUUCCAAGACCAUCUUCCAAGAACAUCUUCCAAGAACAUCUUCCAAGACCAUCUUCCAAGAACAUCUUCCAAGACCAUCUUCCAAGACCAUCUUCCAAGAACAUCUUCCAAGAACAUCUUCCAAGAACAUCUUCCAAGACCAUCUUCCAAGAACAUCUUCCAAGACCAUCUUCCAAGAACAUCUUCCAAGAACAUCUUCCAAGAACAUCUUCCAAGACCAUCUUCCAAGAACAUCUUCCAAGAACAUCUUCCAAGAACAUCUUCCAAGACCAUCUUCCAAGAACAUCUUCCAAGACCAUCUUCCAAGAACAUCUUCCAAGACCAUCUUCCAAGAACAUCUUCCAAGAACAUCUUCCAAGAACAUCUUCCAAGACCAUCUUCCAAGAACAUCUUCCAAGAACAUCUUCCAAGACCAUCUUCCAAGAACAUCUUCCAAGAACAUCUUCCAAGAACAUCUUCCAAGACCAUCUUCCAAGAACAUCUUCCAAGAACAUCUUCCAAGACCAUCUUCCAAGAACAUCUUCCAAGACCAUAA